AUGGCGAGCCCCUCGGAGGUCCCAGCGCGGCCUGGCCAGUUGACGACUGAGUUUCUGCAGCAGAUUCUCCGUCCUUUGUAUCCGUCGCACCAGGUGGUUGACUUCGACUGGAAGCCCAUGAACAUCGGCGUGAUCGCCGAAGUGGUGAUCAUCUCAGUGGACUUCGAGCCUGUCGAUGGCCCCAGCGAUGCCACCAAGCUGCAGCGGCGAUACGUGGGGAAGUUCUUGCGCCCAGAGUUCCCGUUCGAGUCGAUGUUCGCGGUGGAGUCCAAGUUCUACAACGAGUUCACGACUAAGGCAGGUGAUGCAGCCACGAGGAACUCGGCGGCAGUGGUGGGGUUCCCGUUUGCUAUCCCGACCGCAAUUUUCACGUCCAACGUGCUGAUUGUAUUGGAGUGCAUCGAGGCAGUAAAGACUUUUACUUGCGUUGAUGGAAGCCCGCCCCACCACAUUCCGAUGCUGGUAACGAAGCUCGCGCAAAUGCACGCACGGUUUUGGAGUCACGACUGCGAUGAUCUUUCAUCCCCAGCAGGAAUCGGCAGCCAGCUUUCCGGCGAAGAGAAGCGCCUGCAGUUUCCGGGCCGUUGGGAGACGUUUUUGGACGACGUGUCCUUGGAGCUCUACGAGAAGGAUCAGCUGACCGAGUUGUGUCAACGUCUGAGCGAAAAACCUGACCAGCUCAAAGCAGUGCACGACCUGGUGGACAGCGGCCCGACCACGCUGAUCCACGGCGACUUUCACAUUGCCAACAUGCUUUUACCGACGGACCCUGCGGACGAUGUGACAUGGCUUCUGGACUGGGCAACGUGCGGUAAGGGAAACCCGCUGCGAGAUCUCGCCUUCUUUUUCAUCGUGAGUGUCCAAGCCAGCCACCGUCGCGUACAAGAGGCACAGUGCCUGGAGGUAUAUCACAAGGCGUUAACGGCAGAAGAGGAGGCUGUGCGCUUGUCGUUGGACAAGCUGCACCGACAAUAUAAGGCGUGCGUGCUCAACCAGUUCGUGAUCUUGGUUGUGUACGACAGCCUCAGCAAAAGCCUCGCAGCAAACGCGAAGACCGAGAAGCUCCGCGUGGAGUUGGACGCACAUUUCCGAGAGGUUAAUUGUCGCGCGUGCUUGAGCGUCCUCGACAACAUCGGGGAGAAGGACAUCGAGCUCCUGUCAGAUGGUCGCUCGUGA